UACGAGGGAAAUGGAAUAGUGAACAUGUAAGAUUCUGGAAUGCUGGUAUUGAAAGAUGGCUACAAAACGACGCAAUGCGACGUCUUCGGUAGAUCCUGCUGCAAUCGAAGUUUCCUCUGCAAAUGCUGUUGUUACUGACAAAGCCAACGGUCAAAAUUCCUUGAGACGGUUGCCCUGUUCACAUCUUCCUGGUUGCGAACGAUUCCUUACCCGAACCCGCCUCUUCCAGGCCGCUGUCUCGGCGGCAUUUGACUUCUGUGACGACAGCGGGGACGGCAUCGUCGACGAGUCCGAGCUCUAUGCCGGCUUGCUUCUGGUCCACCUAAAUCUGGCCAAAUACGCCGGGCCCUCGGCUUGCUAUCCUCCGACGCGGGCCGUCUGCGAUCGCCUCUUUAUCUUAGCAGACCGCGAUAGAUCGGGGGGCAUCGAUAGGAACGAGUUCUGUUGCAUCGUGGAGAUACUGUGCGCCCAGAUUUUGUCGCGGAUGCUCGUCUACUAUGUCGUGCUGAUUCUGGCCGUUCCAGUCCUGGCCACUUUCGUGGUCAAAUCUAUCGGGAUUCCAAGCAACACCUACUUCGAAUUGGUCAUUCGCGAAAGUGUAUCCUCUGCCGUCUUUUUUGUGGCCGUUCCGUUGCUUUGGAACAUGAUCGAUGCUCGGCACGCUGGUGGAGAACGAACCGUCGUUUCCGGAGAUGCUAGCUCAAGAGCAAAUUCGCGCGAUUCAACAGAAGAYCCCGUUGCGAUGUUGCCGUUGCGUCGUCAGGAACAACGACAUCGCCGGUAUCAAAGAAAAUCUAUUCGGCUAAAAGAAAUGGAGCAACAACAACAACAUGGUAACGAUGAAAUUCCAAUCUGAAAAAUGAAACGAAAAGAUUCUUUUUUGUGGACUUCCUUUUGAAUUUCGAUCUCCCUAUGARCUCCAAUUUUUGAUGGGUGGGUUAUCCGCAUAAUAGUAAAUAGUGAGCCACCUA